CUACGUGCCCGGAACUCCAUACUCCAUCCGGAGAUCCUCGGCGCGAUUGGGAUUGGGAAUUGUGUUUAUUGUGUCGUGAAAUGCAAAUAAAGUAAUAAACUCGAUUUCCCCCACCGACCCAAAUCGACCCGACAAUCACACUGUGGAGUGUAGGGAACUUAUUAAGUGCGAAAGGCGAACGGAGAAGUGUAGUCUGUGUAGUGUAGGACGAUAAAUAUAAAUAGUAAUAAAAUUAAGAAAAUAAUUAGGAAAAAUGAUAAGCAAAGCUGCAGUGUUGCAGUCAUAUUGGUUUGUUACUCAAUAACGAUAGAUAAGAGUGACAGAGUGGCUGGUACAACUCGCGAGAACAUGGCAUACAAUAGUGUACAACGAUAAUUAUAAACGGUAAUAAAAUUAAGAAAAUAAAAUUAGGAAAUGCCAUAUACAAACACAAUAUAAACGUAAUAAAAAGAUCGUUUAAACAAGACAACAUUGAGGUUCUUCCUUCGGUUCUUUCGUCGCUAAAUGGGCCGAGUUCGCGAUUUAAAACUGAAUUUUAUUAUCGUGGCGUGGUGUAAUUUAUCGUGACGACGUUCGCGGUCUAAUUCGAUAACGAUAUUCGGCAGUAGGAUUUUCUCAUUAGAUUUUCGCCAGUGGAUCCGCGGUGAUUCGACCUCGCGUGCGGCAGAAUUAAAUCACGAGAGGAUGAAGGCUUGGCAGGACGCAGCGAGUUUGAUAUUAGCAGCACGCCACGGGCAGACGUACAGUCGCGCGGUGUCUCCUGCAGUCCACAAUUACCAGCUGCUAUGUCUGAAGCGUCAUCAGAAGUCGAGCUUCAUGCCGGGAUUGUACGUCUUCCCGGGCGGCACGGUGGACCCAGCCGACGCCAAUCUGAAAUGGCGCGAGUACUUCGCUACCUUCGGCCUGGACAACGAUAGGCUCGUGUCUCUGGUGCCGAGGACGGCGAGGACCCCGUCGCGACCGCAGAUCUUUCGUUCGAGGGAGAACGAGCUGCUCAGAGAGGUCUCGCUGCGAAUCACGGCGAUUCGCGAGACCUUCGAGGAGUGCGGAAUCCUGAUCUGCAGACGCAACCGAGACAGCGGUGCUCCCGCCGGCUGGGCCGAGCACGUGUCGAUUCCCGAGGACGAGCUGCAAACGUGGCGGACCAAGGUCCACAACGACGCGACGGAAUUCUUCAAUCUCUGCCGGAAACUGGAGUGCCAUCCGGAUUUAUGGGCGCUGCACGAAUGGAGGAAUUGGUUGACACCCACGACCACGUACGACAAACGGUACGACACCGCCUUCUACUUGACUUGCAUGCCGUACGUGCCGCACGCCGAAUACGAAGCCGUGGAAAUGGAGGAUCUGAAAUGGGACACCCCGGAAAGGCUUUGCUCAACGGGCAUCACGUUUCCACCGCCGCAACAGUGCGAGAUCGCCAGGUUGACCAAGAUUAAAAAUAUCGACGAUCUCCUGGACAUCGCCGUGGAACGCGAUAGAGAAGGCAUGCAGUUCUAUUUGCCGGUGCGCAUGCUCAUGAAGGAUGGCGUUGUGCACGUCUUACCUGGAGACACGAUGUACCCGAAGGAAGUUAGCUUGCUGGAGAAACAGGUGAUCGACAAGUCGGAGAUCACCAUGGAUGAAUUAGCGAGGAUAACCCCGGUAAAGAAUAGAAUGGAAUUUCUUGACACGAGAUUCAACAUAAUUUUCACUGACAAUGGUGAAGAUAAUAGCGUGGUGUUCCCGGUACCUGGAAAAAUUUCGAAGAUAACGCUCGGAAAUGAUGAACCUAGAAAUAAGCUCUAGAGUGAAUAAUGGAAAGCGUUUGAGACAACCAAAAGUCAUUGUAAUGGAAUGUUUUUGUAUAUUAAAUAACGCGACUCGAUAAGAAAUUGGUAAGAAGGGUAAUUACAUGUAUAAAUCAUCUGUUAUAUUUUUGUAAUACAAUACGUACAUUUAUAUCUGCGUAAUAAAUUGUUAACAAUAAACACGAACGUGUUGCCA